AACACACUUGCCAGAACACAUGUGCAGUGUGCCCACCUAAUAUGAGUUUACAACAUUUGUAAUCAAAUGUCCUUAUAGUAAAACAAUUGAAUUUAGUUUCUUAUUAGUUUGUCACACCGGGACAUCAUGGGGACGGGGAAAAGGAACAACAACAAGAGGAAGCCCAGCUUCCGCAAGCUGCUGAAGACCAGCAACUUGAAGCUGGGCAACAAGACCAAGAACAAACAGUUCAAACAAGACAACGCUGCCAAGAAGCAACGCAAGGAGCAUCGCAAGCUCCGGCAGGCCAUCAGCGAUGUGUCCACCAAGGAACCACAGCCGCUGGAGCGCUAUCACAAGAAGCCAGAGGAAGAGGAGGACGAGGAGGAGUUUCUGGACGCGCUGCCCACAGACAUGAUGGAGGAGGACGACCUGGAGCAGAUGAGGGCCAUGGCACAGAGGGCCUCCUUCAUAACGCGAGACCUCUCCGCCUGUGAACCAGUGCACACCAAGAAGCGCAAGGGGGAGCAGGUGGAGUCGUACGAGAAGACGCCCCGCAAGAUGAAGAAGACCGAGGAGAAGGAGGUCAUCCACCUGCUGCCAAUCAAGGACAAGACCCGCCUCAUCCCGCAGAGCAUGGAGAAGCCAGUUCAGCCGAAAGAUCAGGAAGAGGAAGAUCAAGAGUCAGAAGAAGAGAUGGAAGAGGUGGAGGAAGCCUAUUCCGGCCCCGUUCUGACUCCAGAGGAGCAGUUCCAGUUGCGGAACGAGAAGCUGCUGGAGCGUAAGGAGCGCAUCGCCAAACUGGGCUCAGCCAUCCUCGCUGACCCCAACGCCAACAUAAAGAAGGUGAAGGAGCUGAGGGCCAUGUUGAUGGAGACUGACCCCAGCGUGGCGGUCACCGUCAGGAAGCUGGUCAUGGUCUCCCUCAUGGAGAUCUUUAAGGACAUCGUCCCUGCCUACCGCAUCCGCCCACUCACAGAGGAGGAGAAGACCGCCAGGGUGAAAAAGGAGACGAAACAGCUGCGGGAGUUUGAAGAGGGGCUGGUGAGCCAGUACAAGUUCUACCUGGAGAACUUAGAACGGGUCGUCAAAGACUGGAAGCAGAAGAAGGAGAAGGCGAGCGGGGCCGUGUCGCUGGACUGCUACCGGGGCCUGGCCGAGGUGGCGCUGCGCUGCAUGUGUGAGCUCAUGGUGGCCCUGCCCCACUUCAACUUCCACAACAACAUCCUGGUGGUGGUGGUGCCGCACAUGAACGACCCCGUGCGCAAGGUGAGUGAAAUGUGUUGCGACGCAGUGAGGAAACUUCUGAGGCAGGAUAAGCUGGGAGAGGCCUCCCUGGCUCUGGUUAAGGUCGUCUCCGGCAUCGUCAAGAGCAGGAACUACCACGUCAAACCAGAGAUGCUGAAGACUCUGCUGUGUCUGCGGAUAAAGGAGGUGGAGAUGAAGAAGGACGCUGAGGACCUGAAGCCCAAGCACAAGUUCAUGAACUACCAGGAGAAGAAGAAGAACCUGUCCAGGAUGCAGAGAAAGUGGAAGAAAGCCGAGGAGAAGCUUCAGAAAGAGCUGAUGGAAGCAGAGGGCUCAGAGAGCAAAGGCAGGAAGCUCAAACUGCACACAGAGACGCUGAACAUCGUCUUCCUCAUCUACUUCAGAAUCCUGAAGAAGGCCCAGAAGUCCGUGCUGCUCCCCGCUGUGCUGGAGGGGCUCGCUAAGUUUGCUCAUCUGAUUAACCUGGAGUUCUUUGAUGACUUGUUGGCAGUGCUUCUCAAUCUCGUCGUCUCUGGGGAUCUGUCCAAUCGUGAGAGCCUUCACUGUAUCCAGACUGCCUUCCAUAUCCUCUCAGGUCAAGGUGACGUGCUUAACAUUGACCCGCUGCAAUUCUACACACACCUGUACAAGACCCUGUUCGCGCUCAGCGCAGCUCGUUUUAAUGAGGAGACGGGCAUCGUGCUGCAGUGCCUGGACGUGAUGCUGAGUAAGCGGCGCCGGCAGGUGACGCUCCAGCGCGCCCAGUCCUUCCUCAAGCGCCUCAGCACCCUCAGCCUCCACCUGCUGCCCGACGCCACCAUCGGAGUGCUCUCCGCCAGCCGCACCAUCAUGCAUGCCUUCCCUAAGAGUGACAUCAUGCUGGAUAAUGAGAUGCAGGGCAGUGGCGUGUACCUGCCUGAACUGGAUGAGCCGGAGUACUGUAACCCACAGAACACAUCACUCUGGGAGCUGCACGUACUCAAGCGUCACUACCACCCUGUGGUGAGGAAGUUUGCUGCCCAUCUGAUGAAGGGCGCUCCGAGUGAGGGUGCUGGAGCUCUCGGCGCAGAUCUGAGCCGCAGGUUGCCCGUGGAGCUGUUUGAGGACUACAGUGUGAAGGACAUGACCUUUAACCCCCCAGUGGCUACGCCCACCUCAAAGAAAAAGGAUCACUUCACCAUCGGCAAUGCUUUUAUUGACACACAACUAAAGACACAGAUCGACCAAGUUCUAGAGGCGGAACCGGACCUCACGUUGGACUUUGCAGAACAUCGAAGUUUUGGAAGUUCAAGUGAACAAAUAUAAGGACUCUUAUUGUACAUGCUGCUCGGAAUGUUUGCUUUUCUAUAAAAUCUAUCAUAAUAAAACCCAUGUAUAGGUUUUAA